GACUGUGAAGAGAUAACGGUCCAACUUUUCUUCCUAGUUGACCUCGAUAAGGUUCUGGGGGAAUCAUUCCUUGGAGGCAACUGGUUUGAAAGAGAGACCUGUCUAACUGGAAAUGCUUUGCAGAAGACAUGAUCAGGAAGCUAAGUACCCUUUCAACCAAACGCCAAAACUUUCUUUCUUGACUUGAACUAUAAGACAAUCAAUCUCUCAGAGAAAGAAUUCUCUACCUGUCCUCCAUGCUUUCUUCUAUGUUUUCGCCUUUUAUAUAACACGACGAAGUUGACGAAAAUCAAGGGAGAGCUGAAAUAAAAAAAACAAGUGCUUGAAAGAAAUGGAGGCCUCUAGUUCAUGCCAAGAAGGCACAGCAGAGAUUGUGUUCUUUGACUUAGAAACAACAGUACCAAAUCGAGCCGGGCAACGUUUCUGGGUACUGGAGUUUGGUGCAAUUGUAGUAUGUCCACAAAAGCUGGUCGAACUAGAAAGCUAUAGCACCCUCAUUAGACCUCAUGACCUCUCUGUGGUAGCGCUGAGGUCUGGUCGAUGUGAUGGGAUAACGCGUGAAGCUGUUGCAAAUGCACCCACUUUUGAGGAUGUUGCAGACAACAUAUUCAACAUGUUGAAUGGUAGAAUUUGGGCAGGGCACAACAUAAAAAGAUUCGAUUGCGUCAGAAUCAAGGAAGCCUUUGCAGGGAUCGGUAGGCCUUCACCAAUGCCGGUUGGAAUGAUUGAUUCUUUAUGUGUAUUGACAGAGAAGUUUGGUAGAAGAGCUGGUAACAUGAAGAUGGCUUCAUUGGCUGCUUACUUUGGUCUUGGGCAGCAGAAGCACAGGAGCCUCGAUGAUGUCAGAAUGAACUUGGAGGUCCUGAAGCAUUGUGCAACUGUGUUGUUCUUGGAAUCAAGCCUUCCAAGUGUUUUGAAUGGGAAGUGGCAGGCAUCGCCACCCUCAGUCAUGACAAGAAGUAGAAGUAAUGGAAAGCUGCAAUGCAGAGAAGAAAUAAGUAGCAGAAAAUCUCCAGCUUCAACCUCUAUUGGAUACCAAAGGGCAGUGCCCUAUGCAAGAGGAAGCCUUGGGAAGGUGACAGAAGGAAUGAAGAACUUAUUGUGUAAAGCUCAGGAGACACAAUCUCUAAACAAAUUACUCAAGCAUUCUCAUUCUCUACUCCGAUAAGCAAAACCGGAGUCCGAUUACUCAAUCAAUCUGAGUCUCCCCUGGAUUUGAUUUUCUGCUCCAUUGGAAAGGAAGGUUUACAUUGAAAAGUUCAUGGACAUUGAUCACAUCAAAAUGGAAUUUGAAUAAAAAUGUUAUGUUGCUUCA